AUUUUAUUAUUAGAUAGACGGUAAACGGGAUCACACGGGCACGAGCUUUAAGUGUAGUGUUCUCAACAAACGACAUGUGUUUACGUUGCGGGGCGCUCUCCUGUCACUCGGUGAUAUAAACCGCUAUAGUUUCCGUGGAAUUGUUAUUAGUAGCAAGCCUGUCACGGUCAAGACAUGGCGGGAAACUGUGAACCUGACAGACCUGAUAUUCAAAAUGGAAGGAGUAACGUGAUAAGUUUUGAAGUCAAGCCCUUCAAAACGAAACAACUUGAACAGAACGGCUAUUGUGGAAUAUUUACACCCACGUUGCCUUCUCUUAACGAAGUUAAACAAUACCUAGGGGUCCUAAUAUGUGGCCUUACGCUAUGGGGGACUUCAUGGUUCAUCUUCAAAGAUGCAGUCAUACCAGGAGGAUUUAUAUUCAACAUGACAGGAGUAGUAAUAGCUGGUUAUGUGUUCGGCCACACAUUAGAGAGGUACACAACUGUCAACCCGGUUGUCGGGAUGACUGUAGUUGGCGCACUGUAUAGAAACUUAGGCCCGCCAAGUUUCUUGGACAAUCCUGUCGCUGACAUCAUUGAUUUUCAUUUACGCCGUUUUUCUUUCAGGCGAAUUUACCCCGUAAUUAUCUUGACGAAGGGCCCACUCAGCUGGAACUGGGAAUAUAUAAAAAACAAUUCUUUGAAAGUUUUCUCAUUGGCAACCUUGCCUUGGCUCGUCGAGUGUUUGUCUACAGCCUUCUUCAGUCAUCUAUUGCUGGGCUUUCCAUGGUAUUGGGGUCUCCAUUUAGGUGCUAUACUCUCAUCAGUGUCCCCCGCAGUGGUGGUGCCAACUGUAAUGAGUCAUAGCGCCCGAGGAUUUGGCACCAAGAGUCAGAUCGCUCUUCUAGUUGGCAAUGCUGGAGGUCUGGACACCGCCUUCACUGAAGGCAUGUUUGGAAUCAUCAAUAGCGCUAUAUUCUACCAAUCUUCGUUGAUUUAUAGGAUUAUUAAGGCAGUGCUGGCAGUGUUUGUGGGAAUCGCCCUUGGAAUAUCGUGGGGCGUUUUAGCGGAUUUUGUCCCGGAUCAGGGAGACCCCUACGCCCCCGCUGUUCGAAGUUUGCUUAUUUUUGCCGGCGGUUUUCUACUUACUUAUGCUGGCGGAUACUUCGGAUGGGGCGGCACAUCUGGAGUGGCGAUCAUGGUGUGCGCGGGCGCCGCGGCCACGCGCUGGUCGCGGCGUGACUGGCCAAUCAACAACAACCCGGUGUCAGAGGUCUACAAAGUUCUCUGGAGGAUCUUAGAGCCAAUGCUCUUUACGCUAAGCGGAUAUUUCUUAGAGGUAUCACAGAUGUCGGUUCGGGAUUUCGGACUAAUAUUGGGAUGCAUAGUCGCAGCCUUGUCCUUUCGGUUGCUGACCGCCUUCCUAGUGUGCCUGGCGAACGAACUCUCGGUGAAAGAGAGCCUGUUUGUAGCAGUCACUUGGAUUCCUAAAGCUAUAGUGGAGGCGGUUUUGGUUCGAGUUGCGACAGACUCGCUGUGGGACACCGCCUCGCCGAGGGACAAACGAGUGGCAGCGCAGCACGCGAAUAUAAUCGUUAUCGCCAUUAUCAUAACGUCCACUUUGGGGUCUGUGCUGACGACCGUGCUGGGACCGGUCCUGCUGUCGUCGGAAUCGCGAGUCGCUCCCGAAGAGGUGUACCAGAGCCAUGGUUUGCCUUCAGCCAAGCAUCUCUCCAGGAGGAACACUGUCCCAGGCUCCCUCCACCGCGUCGACGUUCAAUAAACAUUAUUAUAAAUGCAAA